UUCCAGUGGGGGCGGAAGUGGAUGAACUUGAUGAACAACUGAAACGAACUCCACCUGCAGCGGGACUCCGUCGCUCCUUCCCGGGAACUAAUCGAUACUUUAAAAUCGCUCUAAUCGAUCGGAUUAACGUUACUUUCUGUCCGCAAUGACGCAGUGCAGCUGAGCGCGCGCUGUAGAUGGACCCACUGGCUGCGCGUGGACAUGAAGACCGUCACUCAUAGUUCACGUUGAGAGUUGUAACCUGCCCGAGUUCUCCAGACAGCAUGGCUGGAGACGACCACUACCUUCAGGCCUCCAACCAGGCCUUUGAUAACAUCAUGAUAGAUCAGCUGUGGGAGUUCCCACACUUCCCCGCGAUGUCUCAGAGUGCGGCUCUGCGGACAGUGGACGGACCGUUCCUGCACAUCGUGGAGCAACCCAAACAGCGUGGCUUCAGGUUCAGGUACGGCUGUGAGGGUCCGUCUCAUGGUGGUCUUCCAGGAGCCUCCAGUGAGAAGAACAGGAAGACCUACCCCACUGUCAAGAUCAGUAACUACCAGGGUCUGGCCCGGGUGGUGGUCCAGCUGGUGACGGCGCUGACCCCCCUCCCUCAGCUUCAUGCUCACAGUCUGGUGGGAAAACAGUGCGACAAAGGGAUCUGCAUCGCCGACCUCCAGCCCAAAGACUCCACCAUCAGUUUUCCAAACCUGGGCAUCCUUCAUGUGACGAAGAAGAACGUGGCGAAGACUCUGGAGGAGAGGAUGAUCGAGGCCUUCAGGAUGGGAUACAAUUGUGGAGUCUCCAUCCACCACGAGAUCGACGCCCUGCAGGGGGAAGUCCGGGUCCCCCGAGAACUCACCGACCACCAGCGCAGUGUGAUCAGCAGUGCGGCGGCUCUUCAGGCUAAAGAAAUGGACCUCAGUGUGGUGCGGCUCAUGUUCACGGCUUUCCUCCCCGACAGCGACGGAGGGUUCUCCAGAAGACUCGAGCCCGUUGUGUCCGAACCGAUCUACGACAGCAAGGCUCCCAACGCCUCCAACCUGAAGAUCGUGAGGAUGGAUCGAACCGCUGGCUGCGUGAGCGGAGGAGAAGAGGUUUACCUGCUCUGUGACAAAGUCCAGAAAGACGACAUCCAGGUUCGGUUCUAUGAAGAAGACGACUCGGGGUUGACCUGGGAGGCUCUGGGAGAUUUCUCCCCGACCGAUGUUCACAGACAGUUUGCCAUCGUAUUCAAGACUCCGAAGUAUCGAGACCAGAACCUGCAGAAGCCGACGUCCGUGUUCGUCCAGCUGAAGAGGAAGUCUGACAACGAGACCAGCGAGCCCAAACCCUUCACCUACCACCCUCAGAUCAUAGACAAGGAGGAGGUGCAGAGGAAGAGACAGAAGACGUUGCCGAACUUCCAGGACUUCAGCGGCCAUGGAGGAGGAGGUCUGUACCGAGGAGGAGGAGGAGGAGGUCCUGCUGCAGGAGGAGGACCUGGCUCUGGAGGAGGAGGAGGUGGAGGAGGAGCUUACUUCCAGGGCUUCACUACCUACAACUAUGGCACAGGAGGUGGUGGGGGAGGAGGAGGAGGAGGAGGAGUAGGAGGAGGAGGUGGUGGUUUCUCCACAGGGUACUCAGCUGGUCUGGGAGGAGGAGGCAUCAAACAUGCCGCUCAGGGCGACUCAGCAGACGACAGCAGUGACGAUAACGAUCCAGACGAUGACUCGGGGUCAGGGGUCGUGCUGAGAGCUUCAGCCCAGCAGGGAGAUCUGGAGGUGGGAGGGGUCAGUGGGGAGACAGACGAGCGGUUGGCUCAGGUGACCCGCAGACAGCUUCAGGCUCUCUUUCAGUACUCAGUCACAGGAGACUCAGCCUACCUGCUGGCUCCACAGCGCCCCCUGAUGGACGCACAGGACGAGGACGGAGACACUGGGCUCCACCUGGCCGUCCUCCACAGCCAGCAGGAGGCGCUCAAGAGUCUGACUCAGGUCGUCUCUGCUCUGCCUGGACAGGAAGUUCUCAACAUGAGGAACCACCUCUACCAGACGCCUUUGCACCUGGCUGUGAUCACCCAGCAGAGGGAGGCGGUGGAAGCGCUUCUAUUGGCCGGUGCUGACCCAACUCUGACAGAUCGCCAUGGCAACACAGCGCUGCACCUGGCAUCCCAGUUGGAAGGAGGAGCGGAGAUGGUCCAGUUUCUACUGCGGCACAGAGAGCUGAGGGGACUGCUGGACCACACCAACACAGCAGGUCUGUGUGCAAUCCACCUGGCGGUUCUGGCCAAUCAGCUGUCAUCUCUCAGGGAACUGCUGGAGGGCGGGGCUAACGUGGAGGCUCAGGAGCGCAGCUGUGGACGGACCGCCCUCCACCUCGCCACCGAGGGCGACAACGUCUCGCUGGCUGGCUGCCUGCUGCUCGAGGGAAACGCCAACGUGGACUGCUGCACCUUUAAUGGCUCCACCCCCCUCCACAUUGCUGCAGGGCGGGGGUCCAUCAAGCUAACUGCUCUGCUGAUGGCUGCAGGCGCCGACCCUCACAAGGAGAACUUCGAGCCGCUCUUCUUCAAGGAGGAGGAGGAGGAGGAGGAAGACUGCGACAAAGAGAGGGAGGAGGAUGACGAUGAAGGCUACAUCCCAGGAACCACUCCACUCAACAUGGCCGCCACCACUCAGGUGUUGGAGCUUCUGAAUGGUAAAGCGUAUGAACCAACACCUCCACACAGAGCUCUCACGCCUCCUCAAGGCGACCUGGCGAGCCUGGACGUGGAGGUGAAGCAGCAGGUGUGUCGCGCUCUGGAGAGUGAAGGAUGCUGGGAGAACCUGGCUCACAGUCUGGGUCUUGGGAUCCUGAACACGGCCUUCAGACUGAGCCCCUCCCCCGCCAAGACCCUGCUGGACAGCUACGAGGUUUCUGGCGGAACGAUCCGGGACUUGCUGGCUGGUCUGAGGUCAGUCGGGGAUUGCAGAGCGCUGAGCGUCCUGGAGGAGGCGCUGCGUCGCCUCGGUGAGCAGGAAGUGACCGAUGAGACAGAAGGCGAGGCUCUGUGCGCUCAGGUCCAGGAUCUGAAGGUAGACGUUCGGCUCGACAGCGGGGUGUGUGACAGCGGGGUGGAGCUCUCCACAGCGUAACCGCCUGAUUGGUUCAUCUGGGUUCAUCAGAGAAAGCACAGUUCAUCAUCAUCCUCCAUCGAUCGAUUGAUCGAUUGAUCGAUCUGUCCACGCUGAGGAAACCUCCAUCACAAAACAUUUUAACUAUUUUUAAUGAAUUUUUAAGCUGUUUGUUUGUUUGUUUGUGUGUAAACUGAAAGUCACAGCAGGUCAGACCAAAUCAGAUGCUGCAGCCAGAUCAACAUCCCCUCACUGAUUGAUUGAUUGAUUGAUUGAUUGGUAGUAGUCAGUUAAGUCUGCGGCCGGGGGCUGAAACUGAAUCCAGUUUAGGAGAAAAGCGGACGUCAAACUGAUCCACAAUCAGCCUGAAACAGCCGCUGCCCCUCAACACAGAGCGUCCAUUGGUUCUGUUCGUCAGAGACAGUUAGCCUCUUUCUCUACAGAAUAAUAAUAAUAAUAAUAAUAAUAAUAAUAAUAAUAAUAAUAACAAUAAUAACAACAACACCUGCAAGCAGAUAUUAACGGGGUCCAACAACCCCACUCAGGUCUAUCAGAGCAGCAGAGACUGGAACUCAGUGAACAUUAAUCUAGAAAGUCUGUUUCAGUGUAUCCUCGGUCACUUCUUGUUUCAAGUGCACGCUACAGGAAGUUGUUACUGUGUAACCAACAGUACAACAAAUCAAACCAACAUGGUCAACAAGUUUCAUCAAGAUCGGAAGAGUUGUGAAUUUUGCAAAAAAAAACAACGUAUAUACAGAAACUUUUCUCAACAAAGUUACAAAGAGCCUUACAGGCCGAACCGUUGGAAGAUAUUGAAGUGAGUUUGAAUACAAAAAGAAUAAAAGACCUCCAUCAGUAAAAAUAAACGAUAAGACAAAUUAUACUGAGAAACUAAGGUUUUAUUUUGAAAGUUUCUCAUUAUAAUCAGAAUAAAAUAUUUUUCCAUCACAUUGGCAACAAGCUUCCAUAGCGAGUGCCGGUAGCGAGAGUCAGAGAUUGUUUCACAGCGGUUGCGUCCAGCACAAACGGCGCCGCAGCGUCUGAUCGGGUCUGAACUCGGCUUCACUGACAGGAACUAAAGAGUGAUUCUUGUUUUCUAGAAAAAAUGAAUAUUUGGUUUGAUGUUUUUCUGCCCACACUACACUCCAACAGCUCGACCAAACAAUCUGAUGUUUGUUCCUCGAUCAACAAAUCUCAAUAAUUCACCCCAAAAUGAAACCGUAUGGCGUGUUCACACAGCGGCAAGUUCUCACCUCGCCUUUAAUCGGGUUCACGGUGGUCCAGUAAAACGAUGCUGAAAUAACGACGUCAUGAUGGAGAAAAAUCAGAAUUCAAACGUCGGUCAGCGAGACGACGCGCAAACAGCUUUUAAAAUGCUUGUUUUUUGAAUGGAGUUUGGUUGAUCAGAGCUGUUAAAUAACACAUAUUUUCCAACUUCCUCUCACUUGUGCGUUCUCUGUUUAAAUAUGAAACAUCAGAGUGAAGAUAAAUCCACUUUUUAAACCCCAAAAGUUCCACAAAUUAACUCCUGUUGCUGGUAAACGUCUCCGGGUCGCAACACUGCGAAACCCCCAACGUCCGCAGGGAUUCACCUCGAAGCUGAAUAUGUUCUUGCAGAAAUUUAGGAGAUUCAUCCGUCUUAUGAAAACUUGGCUUCGCUCUCUGUGUGAACACGCCGUACCGCCUCCUCCCUGGACGCUGUCAGGUGGUAGAAAACUAAUCAAACCCUCACUUGGAAUUAUGUUCUGUCGGCUGCUGAACGAAGACGUAGAGUCUGGUGGAUUUUAGGAUUUCCAUGAAGCGUUCAGCAGUGAUUUUUUUUUCUGGAGCGGACGUCGGCGUCUGCAGGGGAAAGGUGCUAUUGAUAAAGAAAUGAUUGUAAACAGGCUCAUCUGCCCCGAAGGGCUCAGACUGUCUCAAUACAACACUCAUGGAAAGAGCUGUUGGUGUUCGUAGCUGCUCAGCCGAGGAUAGCCUGCAGUCCUGGAACCAGUCCGGAAGGAAACUGCAGCAGAACUCAAGAACCUGGAGAUACAAUUCACAGGUUACAUUCAACUGACCCGUUUCCCUCUGAGCUCCAAUCACAGUUCAACAAGCCGCGACCAACUUCCUCCUUUCCUGUACUUAGAGAUGCUACAUGCUAGGCUAAUCUAUGUUAAAAAGACAACUACUUUUUAAAGAUGUUUAAAGGAUAAUAGACGUAUACAGUCACAUCUUAAAUUAGCUAAUGUUAGCAAAACAAUAGCGAGAGAGCUAAUGCUAGGUAGCGAGCUAGUUACGCGUCUCUGUGGCAAAAGACUAGCUAACUAACUACUGAUGUAAAUCGAGUUAGCUAACGUUAGCCUCUUUUAUCUUUUACCAUCUUCAAAAUGUGGUUGUCUUUGUAUCAUAGAUUAGCUUAGCAUGUAGCAUAUCUCAGUACAGGAAAGGAGGAAGUUGAUGGAGGCUAGCUCAACUGUGAUUGGAGCACAGAACAAAAAGGGGCGGGACUUAGGAACGGUCAAUAUAUUUUAAAUCCCCUGUAUACAUUUUUUUUUUUACUGCAUUUGUAUUGAUCGCUGCCUCGUAACAUCCGACGUAUUACAACACGGCCAUCUUGUGGUCGGUGUUUAAACACAAGAUCACAAAAUGAACCACUGCCACGAAUCUCUGCAUCAAUACUGUACCACAGAUAAUAUCGCAGUAAUCUGGUGGAUAACUUUCUACCCAGUAUAAUGUAGUGCAGAACCUUUAACUGACCUCUGCAGCAGACCAUGAAUUUAUUUCUGACGUCAACAGAAACUGAACUUUCUGAACUUAAAAGGUUGAAUUUCUAUCAGCGCUGUUAUAUUGUUCCCCUAAUAAAGGGGUUUAAAUAAAGUUUAUAUGAAACAGGAGCGAGUACGAACACCAACAACUCUCCACAUGUGUGAAUAUUAAACAUCUGACCUUUAAGAGUGCAUGUUUUUAAAGAUUGAUUUUUUUAAUGUUUAGUGUUUUUAUUUUUAUUUUGAGGCCAUUUUCUGUUAUUUUCUGUCGUCUCACCACUGAAACCUGUUGAAGACUCAUAAACCUGCAGCAGCGAGAUGAUCCUGAUCUGUUUCUCUUCCUCCAUUUACACAACGAUGGAUGCGUUUUGGCAGCGGCAGGAAACUGUUAACGACAUGAUGCAAGGCAUUGUGGGAUAGGAAGUCCAGAGCUGUGAGGAGUUGUAGUCUUUAGUGAAACCAAAGCGAUAUUUAUAUCUUUGCUCUGCACUGUACAGUUCAACACGAGCUUCAUUGUUAUUUUUUAAAUAAAGUUUUUUAUAUUUA